AUGGGUAGGCGAUCAAUUAAUACCACUAAAAGUGGUAAAUACAUGAAUCCAACGGACCAAGCUAGAAAGGAAGCUAGGAAGCAAGAGCUGAAGAAAAAUAAGAAGCAACGGCAAAUGGUUCGAGCCGCUGUUUUAAAAGGAAAAGAUCCCCAUCAAAUUUUAGAAGAAAUGGAAAAAAUUGAUGAAAUGGAAUUCAACGUUAACCAGCCAUCCCCAUUAAAUGAAAAAGUAUUGAAAGAUAAAAGGAAAAAACUCCGAGAUACUUUAGAUCGAGUUCUCAGUAUGUAUUACAAAGACGAUCCUGAAAAAUGGUCGGAUUUGAAAAGGAGGCAAACUGAUUACGAGCAGAAACGAGCCCAACUCGUCGCAUUCUAUGAAUCUGUUAAAAGCGCCCAGCAAGUCAGCGUUGACGAAAUUCCUUUGCCACAAUUACCCCAGCAACCUGCCACUACAACAAAUAUCCCAGCCCAAAUUCCCCUGCCUGCGGCCGAAAGAAAACAAGAGCACACCAUCUAUUCAAUUGCAACCGCUCUCAAAUUACAAGCCUUGGGUCAACCGGUAAGAGAACCACCUGGAUGCCCGCCCGGUCCUCCACCUGAAAUAAACGAAGAAGGUGAAGUGGAAGAUUUCGGAACAAGACUAGAAGAAGUCAAGGAAAUAGAAGUAGAAGAAGCCCAAUCCGAAGAAUCCUCAUCUGUUAAACCGACAUCGUUACAACAAAAAAUGGUGGCUUUGUCGGGUCAAAACGUCGAUGAAUUCAUUAAAGAAAUGGAAACUGUCCAGAAGAAGAUCGAACUGAACAGGGAGAACGACGUGAGGAAGUUAACAGUGAAUAUAGAGCCUCUAGUGCCUCCGGGUACAGAAUUACCCGGUAUUCCUACACAAACAUCGGCUCCACCUCCUCAUCUAUUUCCUUCUGCUAUACGAUUACCUCCUGGUCCUCCUCCGGGCAGGCCUCUAAUGCCUCCAGGACCUCCUCCCGGUUUACCUCCGAGAUUACCGCUUAGAUUACCUCAAGUAGCGCCUAGAAUGAUCAGGAUACCUGGACCGCCCCAAAUCAUCCAACCCAACGUUCUAUCUGCCGCUCCACAAUUAAUAAAUAGGUCUGAAUCAACGAAACAAGGGGCUACGAUAUCCGCGAAGCCGCAAAUUAGGAACCUCAGCGCGGAUGUUACUAGGUUUGUACCAUCAGCAUUGAGAGUGAAGAGAGAAGAUAAAAAGCCAGCUAAGAAUCCGAGCGCAUUUGCCAGGGAGAUGAAGCAGAAGGAAUUCAAUAUGCAUCAAAAUGCAUUGGCCGGACACACCAAAGACGAUGCUUACAAGCAAUUUAUGCAAGAAAUGGAGAACCUGUUGUAA